AGCUUCAUCUAUAGAUGACUUGCCAUUGUUUACAAAGGUUACCUAGCUAGCAAGCUAAAAGACAGAUGGCAGGCUAUCAACAACAACCUAACAGAAAUAUGUUAUGGAAUAUUUUUCAGAAGAUUGAUCGAAAUAGAGACGGAGGUAUUGACUCUAGUGAACUACAAGUAGCACUUCAAAAUGGCUCCUGGUCACCUUUUAAUCCCGAGACAGUACGUCUUAUGGUUGGACUGUUUGAUUUUGACAACAAUGGAACAAUCGAUUUCAAUGAAUUUGUCAGCUUGUGGCAAUAUGUGACAGAUUGGACAAAUACGUUUCGAAAUUAUGAUACCAAUCGAGAUGGAACUAUUGAUCACAAAGAACUCUCUUCGGCUAUGAAGGGAUUCGGUUUUCGCAUAUCUGAGCGUUUAAUUGGAGUUCUAAUGCGAAGAUUUGACCGCACUGGAACUGGCCAUGUCCGCUUUGAUGAUUUUAUACAACUCUGUGUUGUCGUGAGAAUGUUGACGAACUCAUUUCAAAAGUUUGAUCACACGCGAACAGGAAAUAUUGAAGUCACAUACGAACAAUUUCUUUCUAUGGUCAUUUCUGUUAAAGUCAGAAAAUAAAAACAAAACACGUGAAAGUGAGGUCAACAUGAAAAAGAGGUCAAACAGUAGAUACAUUUGGUGAGCUGACAACAUUGAAGGAAACCAUUCAUCCUGAACAAGCAGACAUUAUUGCGCAUAUUUUUAUAUAUUUUAAGAGCAGAAAUUUUUGCAUUUUUCGCCCCUUUUUGCAAAAGUUUUUUUCUUCAGUAGUAUCAAAUCAACAAAAUGGAAAAGUAUUUUCCGCGAACUUGCUCGAAUUUUUUUUCAUUUUUUUUCAUUUUAAAAAAGUCACUAUACGAAGACUACACGGAGAACCAUACACAAUAAAAACAAGUCGUAACAUGAACAAAUAUCCAUUCUUUUUAUUUUUCAAUAAUUAGAAUAAUCCUAGAGGUCUCCUUUUUCUUCUCUCCGGCAUUAAACAUUCCCCUAAUAACUAUCUUAUGUUUAAAAACGUUAAAGUUUCUGUCAAAAUGAACUUCUUUUUUUCUUGACCCACUAGACUUUUUUUUGCAAAAGCGCGUUUUUUAUCAUCGCGAAAAAUUCCAUUCACGAAGGUAUCUGCUCUUUGGCUAUCUCCUCACCCCAAACGCGCUACUUCCGAAAUAUUCAUUGGAAAUUUAAGAAAAUGACCAUUAACAAACAGAUCUACAAAGAAAGUAAAGUGGAAAAUACCCAAUGUGGUACGCACAUAUAAAACAGAGAAGGUAUUUAGUAAUUCUACCAAAGCUAUGAUUUAUCUUAGUAUUUCGUUUACACUUUGAAUUAUUAUUUGUAAUAUUUGUAUCUUCUUAAUUUUAAUUUCUUUUUUUGUAGAUAGAAGUUGUAUUUUUUAAUAUUGAUGUUAUAAUUGCAAAUUAUUUGGUUAA